AUGAAAGCACCGAAGUUCAAUAUAAUUGCCGCUAGACCCUAUAUCACAAAAUACAGUGAGCAAUUAGUCUUUAUGAUCGAUGGGGACGGAAUUUCUGAAGGGAACAUUACAUUCAAAACGAAAUGUUAUACCAAAGAGAAGAAGAAUGAACCCUUCCGCUUAGAUAACAAAGGAAUUAUUGGUGGAAUUGUGGAAAUUGAAGUUCCAAGAGAAUGGAGGAUCAAAUGUUCUGUUUUGAAGGUUGAAGCAGUCCGUGAAAUUGUGAAUGGUGUUUCUCGACCACACACCGUAUACAUUCCGAAUGUGAAUAAUUCAACAUUAGGAAGCUUCUCAAUUCUGGUUGAAUCACCAAAACCUUUUUAUAAGGUUGGAGAUACAUUAUCGGUUUCCAUUUUGGCGACAGACAGAAAGGACAUGAAUUAUUUGGUUGUUUGCAAUUCUCAAACUGUCACUCAAAUAAAGAAAAUUGGUAGCAAUAAGAAAUUGCAAAUUGGAUUAACCGAUGCAAUGAAAGGGACUUGCUUGCUGUUCGUCUUCGCGACAACACCGAAAAUAGCGUCCGAUAUGCUUUUGUUUCGAGUUCGUGAUGAUUGUCAGGAAACAACGACAAUCGCGAAAAUCGUUAACGAUAUGCGCUAUGAGCUUAGCGAUGAGGAUUCGACUGUUGAGCCAGGCGACGAUCUUGAAAUUGAAUUCAAAGGGCAACCGCGUGGUUUAGUAUUCUACAGAGGAAUGGACGAUAGGCUCAAUCAAUUAAGCACGAAAAGUGAUUAUUUCACAAGCAUGCUAUUGGAUUAUUCUAUCUUUGGAGAUUUUCAUAGCGGCCAAUUGCACGCAAGCGUUUCAAACUUGAUCAAUCCAAUUGAGUUGGAGAAGACGAUAGAAACGGAAUGCAAGAAAGUUGGAAGAUUAUUGAAGCUAAACUGCCCCCAACGGCCAACGUCCUACACAUCUAUUGUAUUCCAAAUGUGCUACAAGUACAUUGACAAAGCGUGCAACUCAUUUCCUGAGCUAACCGCAGUCGCUAUCUGCAAUCGAAAAGGAGCGUGCCCGGCGGCAGAAGUCAGCAACAAACGAUUAGUAGUAGCUUCUUCGACUCGAGAAUUCAACGAUCCGGGAAUUGUGAAACCCCCUAUUCAUAUCAGAGAUCAUUUUCAAGAGGUUUGGUUGUUCGAUGUAGAAGAACUUGGAUUGGAUGGUACAAAACUUCUAAAAAGCUCUAUUCCGGAUAAUAUCGGAGGAUGGUCUUUAACAAGUGCAUAUUGGUCUCAAGGUAAAGUGGAAACCUGCCCGAGCAAAACCCUUCAUUUUCAAGCCAAGAAGAAUAUUUUUAUGAAUGUAGAAAUGCCUAAAAAUGUUUAUGUUAAUGAAACUGUUAGUGUGAAAAUCACGGUGACUGGAUUAAAUAUUCGAAAACUGAAUAAGUUUUCAAUAUGCAUGACAGAUGUCCCACGGAAAGUUUGUGCUGAUGAAGGACUUGAUGGAAAGCGAGGGCUUCCAGCUUACACAAAUAUCGCGCUUGAUGCUGAAAAUACAGUACAGUCCAAAACAUUCGCUAUGCGAUUUUUAGUCACUGGAAUUGCUAAUAUAACGAUGACACUUAGAGAAGAGUCAGCAUUUCCUGGAAAACAUCACUGUCAAGUUGGAAAGAUUCUCGAUGUUGUGAGGUUACAAUUAAUAAUAAACAAACGCGCCGAAACUGUGAAAUAUUAUAAGAGGGUGAUGCUCAACCCGGGAAAACCGGUGUUGAAUUUAGCAAUGAAUGAUGAAGGAACGUCAGAAAAUACACAGGAACCUCUUCAAGCUAUUGAAACUUUGGAAAGUCGAUCAGAAGACGAUGUAGACAUUUUGACGACUCGAAUUUCCUCAAAUAUUCGGGAUACCGAAACAAUCUACUCUUUCAGUAUUGAUUUGUCGAAAUUUCUACCAAUAAAGGAUUACGUUGAUUCAGACGCUUGGAUCAACGGCAAUCGUGUGAGACGAAAUAGCAAUCGAUUCUUAUCUGAUGUCAUCAAACAGCUAUCGAUCGUAUUAUAUAGAUUUAAAACAAUUAGCAAAAAAUCGAGCAAACUGUACGAUCUGGAAUCCCAAAUAUCUAGCUUGAUAAGUGAGAUGUUGACAUUUUCCGAUUGCAAGGGUAAUAAAGAGACCUGUGGAUAUUACGAGUAUUCGAGACCAUCAAAUCCCGAAGAGCGAGACAUCUUCCUGACAAGUAUUGUGACCAGUUUGCUUUGUGAGGCUUCUGUCGAUGAAUCCCUUGUGAUUGGCCCGCUGAGAACAAUUAUCGAGGCGAUUCAACACUUUGAUGGAGAAAACAUUGACUUGCACGAUAUUGUUGAAAUGGAGAGCCCAUAUGACAAAAAGUAUUUAUUGGCUUCAGUAAUGUUCCAAGUGUCAAGGGACUGUCAAGAAUACAAGGAAAAACUUCCGCCUAAUGUCAAAUAUUCGACAUUUGGGAAACUUCACAGAACGUAUUAUUCAAUUGAUGAAACGGCAGUUGAGGAUGACAGAACCGUGGCAGCCAUUGCAUUUAUGGCUUCAAAUGUCACACAAGAAUUGAUGCGCAUUAGAAUGUUAGAGAGGGUUGAUAGUCACGCCGAGCCAUAUUGGAGUGCUGGAAAAAUGAGCAACAAGAUAUAUCCGACAAAAUCGAACUUUGACAUUUUAUCUAAAAAAAGAAGAAAGAGCGGUGAUAUAAUGGUAAAUAGUCUUGGACUUCUCGCAUUUCUCACUGCUGGAGCAGACGCUCAAAAUAUUAAAUGGGAGUCGUUAGUUGAUUGGAUUUAUAGGCAGCAGAAUGAGGAUGGCUCAUUCGAAUCACCAUUGGACACUUAUUUCGCAUCCCGCGCUUUAUACGAAUACCGGACAAAAAAAGUAGACAUUGAAACGAAUGAAAAUGUGCAAGUUACCGUGAAAUGUAAUGGAUGUCGUACGCGAACUGUAAAUGUUACCAAAGACGCUGUUGAAGUUCAUAUUCCAACCCAUGUCAAAAAUGUGACAUUAGAGGCUAAAGGGCGAGGAAAAGCUGUAGCGGAAAUCCGAAUAAUUGCGACAAAGAGGCAAAGAUUAAGAAGAGGAUUAACACAAGAUGACUAUUACCCCGUGAAGAUAACUUGCGAGCAGCAAGAUAUUAAGAAAACAUUCAUUCAGCAGACAGUGUGCAUAAAUGCCCUCUCACCUGUAAUUAGAACCUUGGAGAUUACGCAUGGAUUAUUCACAGGAUUCACAUCAUCUCCUGACAAACUGACGUUGCUUGAGAAUUCUACUGAGGUGACAGUUCUAAAUCCCACCAAAUCCUCGUUCGCAAUGCACUUCAUUCUCAUCAAUCUUCCACACAAGCGUCCUGUAUGCUAUAACAUGAUUUUGAGCUCUCCGAAUUACAACAAUGAACCUGCAUUCCUCGCACCAGUUGCAAUUCAAACAAGACAUCCAAUAUCAGAGCUCGUUGGAAUGCUACUCAUUGCACAUCCAGAUGUUAGAGGAAAAUCGAAACGCUCCAUUAGAAUCCAUAGGCAUCGUCGACAUCAAACACGAUUUGUGAGAGCGAUUACAGAUGAAUCGUCUGUGGAUACUGUGUGCUUUGAUGGAGGGCUUUGCUCCUGCGCCGAAACCACAUGUGAAGUUAAAUGUGGUAAAUGCGCCUUUGACGAUGAAGACGCAAUUAGAGAAUAUAUUUCUUAUGGUGACAAUUUUGGUGUCGCUGUUCGUGUAAAUACUAUUAGUAACAUGACAGUACAGGGCUCAGAAUACACUAUUUACGAAACUACAGUGAUUUAUACAAAAGGAAGAGGAGGAGUAAUGCUAGAAAAUAACCCUCUUCGAAUUCUCUUGAGACUUUGUAAUAACAAAUGCGUUCAUUCAAAUGUCUCAAAGGGAGAAACAUUUUUACUACUUGGACAUUUGGAUGGCUUAACAUUAGAUUCAAAUGGAGUUCAAAACUAUGUUCUUCGUGGUUUGGAUCGAUUUGAAGAGCAAACGCAAGAAUGUAAAGCUUUGAACAGUGCGAUAACUUUACGAUAA